GUAUGACCGUAAAGGAUUUUCUCUGAAAGAAGUCGUCGAGUUCUGCUAAAAAUGUCUGGCUACCCAGUCGUGUUAAAUGUCUAUGACAUGUACUGGAUAAAUCAAUAUACGUUUCCUGUUGGUCUCGGAGUCUUCCACUCUGGAGUAGUUGUGCACGGCAAAGAAUAUGCAUUUGGUGGUCAUCCAAACAACUGGUCAGGAAUAUUUGAAAUGAGCCCAAAAUCUGUGGAGGUGUUAGGAGAUGAUUUCAAAUUCAGGGAAACUCUAACAAUUGGAACAACAAAACUUUUGCCUAGCGAAGUGGAGGAUCUUUUGAGAAGAAUGGGAAAAAACUACCAAGGACGCUUUUAUCAUUUAAUAGACAAGAAUUGUAAUCACUUCACUUCAGAAUUUUGUCAGACUGCACUGGGUCAGAUGAAGAUGAUCAACCAAGGACUAAGACUAAACACAGAUGACAAGUACUCCAUUCUUCAUAGCCGUAUGAGCAUCUUCUGCAGCAGUACCAGAAUUAGCUUUGGUAUCUUACGGCAGCAAUUAUGUCUGGAAGAAGGGACUCUGUCUAAGGUUCCUAAAGCAGAAAAAGAUACCAAGUUGUCUCCAUCAAUUAAGAAAUUAGUCAUAUUUAUUACAAAUUAAAAAGUCAAUUUGGGGGGGUGGGGGAUUUUGGAACUUCAGAUUUAUUGUGUGGUCAUUCAUUUUGACUGGGUUUGGGGUUUUUCCUUGAACUUUCUGGGUUUUUUCUUGUUGGUAUCCUUUGCAAUGUGUGCUAUAAACAGCAAUUUUUACAUCUGACAGUUGGUUAUGCUCAGAUGGUAGAUCAUGUACUUUAGCAAGAUCAAGUAUUAUUCAUACUUAGGGAUGGACCAUUUGACUUUUAAAGGGGUGUGUGGGUGAUUUGAUAUCUAGGUAUGAUUUUUUUAUCCUUUUAGCGCAUUAGGGAGUUUUUUUCUCAGGAUGUGUGUAUCCAUGAUAUUUUUUCGUCAUGUAACAUGCUUUUUUUCUGGCUCUCUGAUCAUGAACAUGCAGUGGUUGACAGCACAUGAAUUUUUUUGGGUACAAGAAUCCUUGCAGGAUAUUUUUUUUUGUAAAUCACCCAACCUCUCCCUCAAAGUCAAAUGGUCCAUCCCUUAGCUGUUUCUUGAUGCAAUUCAAAAGGUGGGCUUCUGGUUGGUGAAUUAGUGAUUAUGAUUCUUUUAUUUCUCAUAUUGAGUUUUGAUCCAGGCCAUUUUAGGCUGUUUUGCCAGUUUUUUUUCCAAAGUUCUCCCUCCCAGUAUUUGCAAAUAUUAUUAUUUAUUGAAUGCUUAUUCACUAAUAAUUCCAUGGAAAUGGAAGGCACUUAAUUGCCAAUGAACAGCCUGUUUACUGGCUAUUUGAAUGAAUCGUCUGAGUUUUGAAAGAACCAAUUGCAUGGCCUGUAGGGUUGUUCAGGCUAAUUUGCCUGUCUGUCUGUAAAAGUAUUUUAAGAGGAUUGAAUGUUAGAACCGUAAAUAUUUCUCUGAUAAAGAUAAAAGGAACUCAAUAGUUAGCUGGUUAAUUAGAGAUGUAUCUGUGUACUUUGAAGCCAUGCAAGGUAUUCUUCUCCCAUCGAUGUUGAAAACAGUUUGUCACUAAUUUUCUAGACUAGUCUUGGAAGUGAUAAUUAACAUUCAAAAAGACACAUCACAUUGGGGAGAAAGUUGGUAACACAAGAGGCAGUGGGGUAUUUUUAACAAACUUCAAGGCGUUAAAAAAGUUAUGAAACAGUGUUGAGUGUUUAAAAUAUCUUCUCAGUUGAAACUUAAACAAAAGAGAAUAACUGAGAACUAUAGUGAGUUCUUAUUAGUAAUAAUUGUUCUCUGCUAAUGCGGUCAUCAUCCUCCUGUGCCAUCACACGUGCGCUAUGAUUUUUUUGUUUAAUCUCAAUGAAUUAUUAUUAUGUUUGGGAUGUAUGCUAGUGUGCAAUACCACACAGCAAUGCGUGGUUCCAGAAAAUAUCCAUACCCACCCCAAGGAGGGUUAUUGGAAAUUCCAUCAGAAAGUAUGAACCAAUCCUGGAAUUUAAAUAGGGAUGUGGGGUUCAAACCAAAAAACCCUCCAUGGAAGGGGUAUGGAACAACAUAAUUUCAAUUUCUGCCUUCAGCACCUAUUUAGUUAAUUUGGUGGCAUUUUAAAAGGCAUAAAGUGUUAAAUAUUUUGGAACAUUUUGAGUUGAUUUAGCAUUUCUCCUUUUUAACUAAUUGCCUGGGGCAAGCCUAGUUCUUAAUAAUUCUCUGAGGGUUUCAUUGUUGUUGUUUGGUUUUUGGUGCAUGGGCCCAUGCUUGCAGACAGUAAGUGUUAACCUGUUUAAUUGAUUGAUGCCUUUUACAGUUUGUUACUAUGCAAAUGGGAUGUGCAGCCAAAUAUACUUCAGACUCGGUCUAAUGACCUGCAAAUCAAGCAAAUUUUUCACGAAGUAAAGAAAAUGUUUGCUUGGCUGAAAUUAAGUGAAGUCAAAAAAUUGCCUUAAGCUUUAGAUCACAAGAAUGUGAGGCGAUUAUGAAAAUGUAUACUUACCAGAGUUUUUUGUGGUCGCUUAAACAACAGAUAAUCAAAAGAAAGCCAAUGUUUUAUUGACAAGUUGAGGUGUAGAGAUAUUUGCCCAUUAUCUAUUUCAUCGAGAUUCCCAAAUAUUUGGAUGAUUCAGGUGACUGAAAGCAGCUGAGAGUCACGUUUUUUGAGCAAAAUAAUAAUAAUAAAUAAUUAUAUUAUUAUUAGCGAAUCCAGCUAAGUUGGCUCUUCUAUGCUCAUAUAUGCUAGAAUAAAUUCGAACUUACAGUAAAAAAAUUAAAAUUAUACAGUCAUGCUAAAAAAUCUAAAGAGUUAAACAUUAAAUUAAAAGUCUUUCUUCUGCUUUUUCUUUAAAAUAUGUUUUGUCAUGGCGAUUGUACUCGUGUAUAUUAUUCCAAGAUCUAAGUGAGGCAGGCAAGGAAUUAAAGGACUUUGAGGUGCAGAAUUUGAAAGUUCAA